CAGGCUGGACGAACACUGCACAGCUAUGGAGAAUGAACCAAACACAACAACAUGUUCUGCAUCUACAACUACAAUCACUACCACCUCCACUUCCCGGACACAGCUACCACAGAUUUCUGUCUACAGUGGCUCUGACAGGCAUGCCGUCCAGGUUAUUCAGCAGGCCUUGCAUCGUCCUCCUAGCUCAGCUGCUCAGUACCUCCAGCAGAUGUAUGCAGCCCAACAGCAGCAUCUAAUGCUGCAGACUGCUGCUUUGCAGCAGCAGCACUUAAGCAGUACCCAAUUUCAGAGUCUGGCAACUGUACCACAGGCAAGCCUGUCAGGUGGGAGGCAAUGUACUUCCCCCACUGGGAGUGUCACUCAGCAGUCAAGCAUGUCGCAGACCUCGAUUAACCUCUCCACCUCUCCUACACCUGCACAGAUAAUAAGCCGUUCACAGACCUCCAACACCACCAGCAGCAGUAUUACCCAACAGACUAUGUUGCUGGGGAGCACCUCUCCAACCCUGAGUGCAAGCCAGGCUCAAAUGUAUCUACGAGCUCAAAUGCUUAUUUUUACUCCUGCAACCACUGUGGCUGCUGUCCAGUCUGACAUUCCUGUUGUCUCAUCAUCUUCCUCAUCUUCUUGUCAGUCUGCAGCUACUCAGGUUCAGAACUUGACACUGCGCAGUCAGAAGUUGGGUGUGUUGUCAAGUUCACAGAAUGGCCCACCAAAGAGCAGCAGUCAAACUCAGUCACUGUCUCUGUGCCCUAAUAAACCUGUAACCAGUUCCAAGGGCAGCCAACCAGAUUCCUCAGAAAGCAAUAGAAAAGGCGAGAGCCCAACUCCAGAGUGUCGGAGUACACCAGUCACACGGACGUCAAGUAUACAUCACUUAAUAACACCAGCUUCAUAUUCUCCAUUGCAACCUCAUUCUCUAGUAAAACAUCAGCAGAUCCCACUUCAUUCACCACCUCCAAAGAUUUCCCAUCAUCAGCUGAUACUGCAGCAGCAGCAGCAAGUCCAGCCGAUUGCACUUCAGACGCCGCCGGGCCAGGAGCCCCCUCCGUCACAGCACUGCCUGCCACUCCCAAGCCAUGGUCUUCCUCCGGGUCCUAGCAGUGUCCAGUCCCACUGCUCACCCAUUCACCUCCAUCCUCCACCUCUAACACUGUCUCCUACUCCAUCCCAGUCAGCUCAGCAGUCAGUGGUGGUAUCCCCUCCACCUUCACACUCCCCUAGUCAAUCACCCACAAUAAUUAUUCACCCUCAGGCACUUAUUCAGUCACAGGCGAACUCCCUCGUGCCAACAGCUCUUCAGCCAGAGCAGGCUGCUCCUCAGCAAACUGCUACCAAUCCAGUCCGACCAAUUGCACAGCCACUGAAUCUUCCGUCACAUCUGCCGCUUCCCUCUUCCCCCGCUGUACAUAUAGGGUCAGUAGAUCAGCCCAGCUUAGUUUCCCCAGGCCAACAGAUUGUGUCCUCGACGCCCCACCAGCAAUAUUCAGCCUUGCAGUCCACACCUAUCCCUCUGGCAGCUCCUCCUCAGCUGUCAACUUCUUCAACCCAGAUUCAACAACUGCCCUUGCAGUCUGUGCAGUCUUUACAAGUGCAGCCUGAAAUUCUGUCCCAGGGCCAGGUUUUGGUUCAAAACACUUUGGUUUCUGAGGAAGAGCUUCCUGCUGCAGAGGCUUUGGUUCAGCUGCCAUUUCAAACUCUUCCACCACCACAGACUGUUGCAGUAAAUCUUCAAGUGCAGCCAUCAGUACCAAUUGAAACUCCGGUGAUUUACCAAGUGGAGAAUGUAUGUGAAGAAGAGAUGCCCGAGGAAUCAGAUUGUGUCCAUAUGGCUAGAACACCUACACCACCCACUUUGUCUCCACCAGCCAUAACCUUAGGGAAUGGAGAGGCACUUAAUUCAGAAGAUCCUUUGUCAGAACAUGGGGGAAUACCUUCAGUGACAUCAUCAGUCAGUGCCUCAGUAAUUAAAUCUCCAUCUGAUCCCUCACAUGCUUCUAUUCCACCACCACCUCUGUUGCUUCCAGCAGCAACAACAAGGAGCAACAGCACAUCAAUGCCCAAUAGCAUUCCUAGCCUAGAAAAUAAACCUCCACAGGCUAUUGUUAAACCACAGAUCCUGACCCAUGUUAUUGAAGGCUUUGUGAUUCAGGAGGGGUUAGAGCCGUUCCCUGUAAGUCGUUCAUCUUUGCUGGUAGAACAACCUGCAGAAAAAAGAUUGCUAGUGGAGGGUCAAAUCAUGAGUGUUGUGUGUGUUGAAUCAGACUUACAGAAUACAAAACAUGCGGACAACUCAUCGGACACAGAGAUAGAGGAUAUGAUUGCAGAAGAGGGACUGGAUGAAAUUGAAAAUGAUCUUUUGAAGUGUGAAUUUUGUGGGAAAAUGGGAUAUUCUAAUAAGUUUCUACGGUCAAAACGAUUCUGCUCCACAUCCUGUGCCAAAAGGCACAGCCUUAGUUGCACUAAGAAAUUUGGGCUGUUUACAUCAGACAAGAGCAGUCGUUGGAAUCGGAAAUCAGAUAGCCAAAGUCUUGGGCGACGCGGGCGUCAACCGAGUGGCCCUGAUGGGGCGCCACGAGACCAUUUUCUUAGACAGCUUCCAAUUACUUAUCCAUCUGCAGAAGAAGAUAUGGCUUCUCAUGAAGAUGCUGUUCCAGCUGCCAUGACCACACGUCUGCGAAGACAGAGUGAAAGAGAGAGGGAACGUGAACUUAGGGAACUAAGAAUGAGGAAAAUGCCAGAGAGCAUUGACUUGUUACCAGUGGUGCAAGCCGACCCGUCAGUAUGGACUGUUGAUGAAGUUUGGGCCUUCAUACAUUCUUUGCCUGGUUGUCAAGAUAUUGCAGAUGAAUUUAGAGCACAAGAAAUUGAUGGACAAGCUCUCCUCUUGUUGAAGGAGGAUCACCUUAUGAGUGCAAUGAAUAUUAAGCUUGGACCUGCAUUGAAAAUCUGUGCACGCAUCAAUUCAUUGAAAGAAUCUUAGGGGGUGAACAUGAAGGUUUAAACAACAGUUUCUCAGUGACAGAACCGACAGUAAUAUGCCAACAUCUUCACUGUGGCAUGAGUGUUACUGUGAUGUUUUGUUAAAUAUGUGGGGUUUUCCCCACAUAAAGACUCCAAAAUGUUCCUUUGAUUAUACCAGGUAGUCCCUUGUAGUUUCCAACGAUUAACAGGUUCAUGGUAAAGCCUGAGUAAUACUUUGAGUUGAAGUGGGAGUUCAUGGGAAAACAUGAAGUAAAAUAUGCUGUGUUAGGUUAAAUAUUCCUCAACAUGUACUUUAUCUUAUGUUUGAUUAACACUCUCAGCACCCACCCCAGUCUAAACACCGUUUAAAUUGUGUUGCUGUAUUCUGAAAGAUUUUUCCCACAUACAGCAGUUUUUGGACUGAAAUAACACAAGUGUCCACAGACCCUGUGGAAGCACUAAUGACAGUAAAAUGCUAUGCAUUUAGUUGUGCUCUCUGAGUUUCUUUUAGUCUUGAGCAAAUUGUUUGUAAGGGGUAGGUUGGCAGCCAGUUUUCCUCGUGAAGCUUACCCUCAUCUCUGCCACUGUAGUAUUUUCUUGAAGUCUGGAAAUACUAUAAUCUGUGUAGAUGUUUCAUCAAAAUCCUCAUCGUCAGGCUACUGAAAUGCAAUGGCGUGACACUCUUGCCAGAGGUAACUGAAGCACAUGUUACUUUACUCUUUGUAUGCUGCUAUGCACUAAGAGGGCAUUAAGAUGUUAGGUUUGUAGUUUUGCAUGCUGCUAGUUAAACUAGACCAGCAGUUCUCAAAUGGGGGUUCAGAAGGUGUGAGAAUACUCGGGGUUCAGGUUCCCAAAUGCCUGGGUGUGAGGGGCUGAAAACUGCAGCCAGAACUAGCUCAUGUUGAGACAAGUGUACUUUAAAGACUGGAGGUAGAGAAGGGAUAGCAUAGCUCAGAUGCUCUCUUUCUUGAUACUUCUUCUACCUUGUCUUUCCCUGUAGCGCAUUCCCACUGCCUCACUGGAAACUUCUAAGCACCUUUUAUUUGUCCACUGGCUAGCAUGAGCUGGGCUUGCAGUAGUCUGAGGAAGGAGCAUGGUGAGUUGCUCGACGAGGUCCCUUCAGAGCUCGGUGUAGGAGCAGCUGCUGCUGCAGGGAGGGAGCCUGGAGCUGCGGGUUGGCAGGAGCAGUGCCACCGGUGGGCAACUCCGGGAGAAAUCUCUCGGGACCCUGCUUUGUCCCUCUGCCAGGAGAUUUUGACUUGGAUGCUGCAGACCCAGGUGGUGGGGUUUUAGUGUCUCACUCCGUUUUCCCCCUCUCGCACUGUUUAUGUGGAACAAAUACAUGUUUCCCGAGUUACUGAUGUGCUCGGAAGCUGCUUGGGCUGGCAAGCAGCCGCGCCUGCUUGGCCUUUGCUUCCCCAUCACCUGCGUGAUCCAUGCUCAUGGAUGUAUUUUGUACCUUCUGUUCCCUCCCUUUUGCAGUUCCACUUCCCUUAUGUACAGACCUAGAUCCCUAAGCUCUUGUAUAGGGCAAGAAGGGCAUGUGUGCCAAUGGAGUCAUUGUAUAUUUGAAUUAAAUAUGUGUAUGUGUCUGCAAAUAAUGUAUUUUGUAUUUUAUGCAAAUUAAUGCAUAAUAUAUGAUUGUGUAGGGAGAUGGUCAGGGGGACUUUAAAGUGUUCCUGAAAAGAAGAGGAACUGAGAACUUGAGAACUGCUGACCUAGAUCAAAAGGAGUCAAUGCACAUACACUGGCUGAAAGGAAGGUUUAUGACAGGUAGAUUAAUAUGUAUAUUAUUUAACUGAUGACUUUAAAGAGUAAAUUGGGAUUACAGAAAAAUCUGUGCUUCAUUUUCCUUUAAUUAAACUGUUGCUUUGUUUCUACUAACAGACUUUCUACCAUGAUCCUCCAGAGAUCAGCGUUAGAAUCAUUGUUUUUAAUUACAACUGUUUGACCUUACUAAUAGCAGAUGUUAUUAAUAUUUUUAUUAACCACUGAAGCUCCAAGUUAGGACAACCUGUUGCUGUUACGUGCUAGUAUGUGGUGAGAGCCCUUAUCCAAAUGGCACCAAAGGCUGUAGAGAAUUAAUUGAUGUCUGGGUUUAUUUUGGAGGGAAGUUGCUAAGCACUUUCUAAUUUGUUUUUUUGUCUUCAGUUACUAUUGUAAAAUAAACUUCUUAGUUGAAGGUUCAAUGUUCGGCAAUGUUCAUUUGAAAGAUAUUCAAAUGAUGGAGACAGUAGGUUCCCAUUUGUAGCAUUUCUGUAAGAUACACAGUGUAGCAUAUCUGUAACAUAUGUUCUAAAGGAUACGUUCUGUUUUGAUGAGCUAAUUGAAGACUAAAGAUAUCUUAGAUAUUUAUCCUUUGGCUUUUGUCUUAAAGUUUUAUUAUUUUUAUACGAAAAUUUCACUGGCUAAUUUUUAAUCUGUCUUCUGAUUGUAUUGUUCUUUGGCAAUGUAAAAAGUAGGUAUACGUAAAUGUGAUUUGAUAAUGGCUUAAGGCAUAUUUGAAAAUGUGGACUUAAGAGUCUUAUUUAGACCCACAGCUAAUCACAGUGGUGUUACAUGCAUGAGAAUUUCACAGCUGUUUUAAUUUUGCUUUAUUAGACAGCUUUCAGGAGACCUUCUACAGCUAGUGUUUCUAUAUGACUCUUGGACAUAAUCACUGACAGAUGCCAGGAGCUCAGAGUAGACCUGAUUAAUGCACGUCUGUUCUGGUUCUUCUAGUACACUACAUUAUCUGUGGUUUUGGGAGAGCCACAGAUAGUGAGUUAUGCUUUAAAUAUUCAUGAACGCAGCAACUAAGAAUGUGGGCCUUAUGCAUAUUGAAAGUUUUUAUUCUCCUUCACUGAUUUUGGCAUUAAGCAAGAACUUAAAAGCAGACACAGCUAUACUAACCUAUGCUGAUAGCAAUGCACGUGUACUGGAGUGUUUGCCAGUGUAGCUGUGUUAAUAAAGUCAGUUUAAAAAAAAAAAAAAAUCACACCUGUAUGUAAAAGGAGGCUGGAAAACUUCCAAGUGUAACUGAAGUCUACUUUGUCAGCUUUUGAAUUUAUUCAGAAAAGCAAUAUAAUACUUAGAGUAAUAUUCCUCCAGAACCAUUUUGCAUACCAAUCACUUGUUUCUGUUUAGGGUUUAUACUACCAUUUCCCAUGGCUUUCCCCACAAAUUAAGCUAGACCGUCUUGCAAAAGAGGAAGUAUUGCAGAUUUUAAUUGACUGUUUUUUAACACUUGCUCCCACUGGAUGUGUCUACAAGAAACCCUUUUUAUUAGCUUUAUUUCCUGGGGGGUUGUUUUGUGCAUUCAGAUGACUGCUGUUGCGGGCUACACCUCACCGUAAUCCCUGCAAUAUUUCAGUUCCUGUAGAAAGGGAUACAGGAUGCCAUAGAUCUUCGCUCUAAAGGGAGAUAUGUUGGAUGGCUUCUUCCCUUUCUUUUUUUCUCCACUAGUCUCCAUUUUACCCUACUACUGAGCAGUAGCUCAGGACAAAACCCUUUUGCAGAGCACUGGGCUGAAUGUGCCUGUUAAAAUUUCUUCCAGUAGAAUUAUAACUAUUACACUUGUCGCAGCUUCAGAGUUUAUAUUUGGGGCUUUAAAGAAAUGCACCUAAACGGUCAAAAUGGGCAUGCAGACUCACUCCCCUGCUUAAUCUGGGUGAUUAUCAUUCAGCAACCCUGCUUUGCAGCCAAAGCAGAGAACUCCAGCAAGGAAGCUUGGCCACUUCCACUGACUGAAGUGCUCAGGGAGCUGUAGGCUGCUCCUUGUUCAGAAACAAGCAUUGCCAGUGAAUUGCUAACUUCUCCCAGCCAACCCAUAUUGCCUCACAUUUGUGACUUAUCACCUUGCUUACACAGAGAAUAAAAAAAAAAAAAUAAUCUUGUCAGGUUAAACUGCCAGUUGUCUUGAAUCAUCAGAGAAUGUCUGAAGGGUUUUUAAACAGACUGCAUCAUAAAUCUGUUCUUUACCCAUUAAUCCAUAUUUUUUUCAAGAAAUUAAUUUCUUGAUGGAGGGUAAAACUUUUGCAAGAUUUGUGACAAUGAGAUCUCUCAAAUAGAAGGCUUAUGUCCUGCAUCUGCUUACUCAUUUCCUUCCUGUGAAAGCGUGUUGUUUUUUUUUUCCCUAACUUCUUUUUGGACAAAUCACAAGUGGGAAUCUAGCCUUUUGGAUAGAACAAGAGUCCAUCAUAACUGCAGAUGUGGCAGCAAGAGGAAAGGAAUGGGAUAAAAACAAGUAUUUGAGCAGGCUUACAAUAGCGUUUGUAUCACUUCUUUAUCUUAAUCUUAGCUCUAAGGAAAUGUUCAGGUAUAAAACCAUUCAACUGUAGUUUGAAUGAAAGGUUAUAUAGUGAGACUUUGCUGGGGUAGCGUGUCACAGCCUGGCAUUCCAGUUAGAAGUAUUGCCUAUUCCAGAUGGCUGUUCUCGUUUUAAUAUCACAGUAUCAAUGCAGAAACUUACAGCUCAAUACCUUAAGAAAUUUCUUACACAUUGACAAAUUACAGCUCUAAGUGAUCAAAGAAUUCAGUGACAGUCCUGGUUUUGCAAAUAAUUGAACGCCCACAUAAUUUAUGAGUAUUUUUUUCUGAUUGUAUUGGGACUGUUAAUAUUAAGCAUGUAUAUAAAAGCUUGCAGGGUUAUUUUCUUACCAGUAUUGCAUAGAGAUGUCCCCUUAGCACAUCUAUAGAUACAUAGUUGUCACUCAUUAACCAGACUUACUCAUCAGU